UUCCAAUUCUCUCCAUUUAUUUCGCGCCUUCCUCUGCUAUAAAUAUCCACCAAAGCGUCCUCUCCGCCUCACCUCCGACGAAGUGGUGUCUCUCUUCUUCCUCGGAAACUGAGAUUGAGUGAUUUGAAAAAGAGAAGGGGCAUGACGCAACAGCCGCAGCAGCUCCAAGUCCUGAACGCGCUCGAUGUGGCGAAGACGCAGUGGUAUCACUUCACGGCGAUCAUCAUCGCCGGCAUGGGCUUCUUCACCGACGCUUACGACCUCUUCUGUAUAUCGCUCGUCACCAAGCUCCUUGGACGUAUCUAUUACCACGUCGACGGUUCACCUUCACCGGGCUCCCUUCCUCCCUCCGUCGCCGCCUCUGUCAACGGCGUCGCCUUCUGCGGCACACUAUCUGGGCAACUCUUCUUUGGCUGGCUCGGGGACAAGAUGGGCCGCAAGCGCGUCUAUGGCAUGACGCUCAUGCUUAUGGUCCUUUCCUCCGUCGCCUCUGGGCUCUCGUUUGGCCGCUCCCCGAAGGGUGUCAUGACCACGCUCUGUUUCUUCCGCUUUUGGCUCGGAUUCGGCAUCGGAGGCGACUACCCUCUUUCCGCCACCAUCAUGUCUGAGUACGCGAACAAGAAGACCCGCGGCGCCUUCAUCGCUGCCGUUUUCGCCAUGCAGGGCCUCGGCAUCCUCGCCGGCGGUAUGGUCGCCAUCAUCGUUUCCUCUGCUUUCAAGAACCGAUUCGUGGCGCCUCCUUACUCGGUUGAUUCGGUCGGCUCGACGGUGCCUGAGGCCGACUAUGUCUGGCGCAUCAUUCUCGUGUUCGGGGCGAUGCCGGCCGCGCUCACCUACUACUGGCGGAUGAAGAUGCCGGAGACGGCGCGAUACACGGCUCUGGUAGCGAAGAACGCGAAGCAAGCGGCGGCGGACAUGUCGAAGGUUCUGCAGACGGAGAUUGAGGAGGAGCAGGGCAAGGUGGAGGGCAUUGCCUCGUCGAACACCUUCGGGCUGUUCUCGGCGGAGUUCCUGCGCCGCCACGGGCUGCACCUAGUGGGCACCACCACCACCUGGUUCCUGUUGGACAUCGCCUUCUACAGCCAGAAUCUGUUCCAAAAGGACAUCUUUAGCGCCAUCGGGUGGAUCCCCAAAGCGGCCACCAUGAACGCUCUGGAGGAGGUGUACCGCAUCGCGCGGGCACAGACACUCAUCGCGCUCUGCGGCACCGUGCCUGGCUACUGGUUCACGGUGGGGCUCAUUGACAUAAUCGGGCGGUUCACCAUCCAGAUUAUGGGGUUUGCGAUGAUGACGGUGUUCAUGUUGGGGCUGGCCAUCCCUUACCACCACUGGACCACGCCGGGGAACCAGAUCGGGUUCGUGGUCAUGUACGGCUUCACCUUCUUCUUCGCCAACUUCGGCCCCAACAGUACCACCUUCAUCGUGCCGGCGGAGAUCUUCCCGGCGCGCCUCCGCUCGACGUGCCACGGCAUCUCGGCGGCUUCAGGGAAGCUCGGAGCUAUCAUUGGAUCCUUCGGGUUUCUUUACCUGGCGCAGAACCCGAACCCGGCGAAGGCCGACCACGGCUACCCGCCGGGCAUCGGCGUCAGGAACUCCCUCUUCUUGCUGGCUGGAUGCAAUCUUAUCGGCCUCUUCUGCACAUUCUUGGUGCCCGAGUCCAAGGGCAAGUCGUUGGAGGAAAUGUCCGGCGAGAACGAGGACAUCGCCGAAGGCAAUAGCAUGACCGUGCCGGUGUAGAAUAAAAAAUAAAAAAUAUGGCAGAUUUUCUGAUGAAAAAUAUGGCCAUUAAGGAUAAUAUUGUUGCUAUUGUCCUUCAU